UCAGACACAUAAUACUUUUGUCCUGAAGUCAGGGUUUAACCAUUAUUAUUAUUUUUAUCAUGUUCUACAUAUUUUCCAGGUUAUUUGUACAAAAAAUAAAUAAUAAUAAUAAUAAAAAAAACAGCUACUGCACCUUUAACUGAAACCUGCUAUAAGGAGGUGCAUAUUCACAGACCCCAAACCAUACAGGCAGACUGGUGAAGUAGCAGUAAGACAUUUGUGGGUCUGGCCUAUUCCCUGAAAGAUCCCCCUCUACCACUGAUGCAGGGGAAAUGGGUGCCAUAUUGCAAAUGAUUGAAAUAACUAGUCUAUGUUAAUGAAUUGAAAUACACCUGCUACAGCUUAUCACCUUCAUCUGAUGUGUAAAAUGAUCUGAGCAGGGAAGGUUGCACGGACAUUUUCGGCAUCUAACUUCUUUCGGCGCAGCGCCGUGUUUACAAUGGGAGCGCGGGGGAGCGGGUGCACAAAGGUUCUUUGUUGCUCCUCGAUCCAAUCGCAGGCCGCGGGUAGAUCGCCAUGAGUGUCUCAGCCAAUCAGAGGGCGCGGCGAGACUGUGGAGAAAGGCGUUUCAUUUGGAUGCUGCGAGCGUGCGCGCGCGCUGACCGACUAUGUGUGAAGAAUUCAUCGCCGGCGAAAAAUGGUCGCGUAGCCUGGUACCACGCGUGCAACCAAACACCCAUCCUGACUGAGUGACCGCCGCGUGAAGCUGCAUUUCCCAGCGUGAACACCGAGAUCUACUGACGCGCACCGAACACCGAGGCACGAUGUAAUAAUAAUAAUAAUAAUACUAAUUAAAAAAAUCGACAGUUCAGGGAUGGGUAGCGGAGCCACGCCUGCCCGAGAUCUGCGCAUAAACAGGUAUGUUACCUGUGGACCUCGGGGACUCCAGGUUUACCAACACAUGCUGUGCUUGUGUAAGGGUUCGGCGUCCAGCGUGCCCAGCCGCGCGAUGGCAUGAUCACCUGGAGGAUCCACAACGGCGACGGAGGGCAAGUCGAUCACCCGAAAUGCUCGAUUCACGCGGAUGACAACACGGCCGUAUCUGCCACAAUCAGACUAUCAAAGCAAACUGGUUUCUAGCUUGCACUGGAUUUAGUCUGGGUUUGGGAUCUUGUCUGCAGCCGGUUUUAGUGCUUGCGUGUCGGCGUACUGGAUCUCAGACAAAGAGCGUCCACAGAGUGGAUGUGAGGACGCGGAGAAACCGUUAUGGCCUCUCUUCGCUUGCACGGAUUGGACCAGCUGCCCGAAAACGGCGGUGUAUCGCGAGCACCGGAGCCUCACAGCCCGAAGCUGCUCUCUCAGGUGGACACCGCGGUGCUGCCGUUCCUCGGGGGCUUCGGUCGCUUCCAGAAGCGUCUUGUGGCUCUGACGUGGCUCCCUGCGCUGCUCAUCGCUUUCGGUCAGUUCUCGGAUUAUUUUCUCCUCGCGCAGCCCGAGAGCACGUGCGCCCACCCGAGCGAUCCUGCAAGAAACGGGAGCGGCGUGAGCGCGAGCCCCUUGCCGCCGGGUCUGUUCGGUAACGCGACGCGCGCUGAGAGCAGCAGCAGCAGCAGCGCGCGGUGCAAAUGCGCCGAACCGAGGUUUGAGCUCCAGCUGGGACUGCAGCAGAACGUGGUCACUAAGUGGCAGCUGGUGUGUGAUGAGGAGUGGAAGGUCCACAUCGCCAAGUUCUCAUUGCUGGUGGGCUCCAUAUUUGGUUACCUGCUGAUGGGCGCUAUGGCGGACUGGAUAGGUCGUAUUCCGGUGCUGCUUGUAUCGGUGUUGUCUGUGCUCGUGUUUGGCUUGUGUGUGGCCUUCUCUGUGGACAUGGCCAUGUUUAGUACUCUGCGCUUCUUUCAGGGCUUUUGCCUCGCUGCGAUCAGACUCUCCCUCUAUGUGCUGAGGAUUGAGCUGUGUUUGCCCGGUUGGCGCUUCUCCAUGACGAUGGUUGCCAGUCUGGUGGUGGUGGGCGGGCAGCUGCUGAUGCCGGGUCUGGCAGCUCUGUGCCGUGAUUGGCAGAUUCUUCAGGUCCUCAUCAUUGUCCCAUUCGUCCUAAUGCUUCCUUACAUUUGGGUUUUUCCCGAGUCUCUGCGUUGGCUGUUGGCCACGCAGCACUAUAACAGAGCAAAGAGGCAAAUGUACUCUAUCGCCCGAAGUAACAAGGUGGACACUGCAACUGACCCUAAUGGAAUUCUCUCAGAGCUGGAGCGUGAGCUGCAGCAGAAGCCCAGAACCUCCUGUAUCACACAGCUGAGAAGCACACGAAACCUGUGGAAGAGCACUGUAGUGCUCUGCGUCAACUCGCUGACUGGCUAUGGUAUCCACCACUGUUUUGCACGCAGUGUUUUGGAGGGCAGCACCUCUCACCUGCACUAUUUUGCUCUGGCAGGCAUCGCCAUGGCCUCGUGUUUGGUGCUUUGUCCAGUGGUGGCAGCAUUCGGCAGACGAGGCGGCCUCCUCACCUUCAUGAUUAUCACAGCGCUGGCCUCCUUACUGCAGCUCGGCCUGCUCAGCUUAAUCGGAAAGUACAGUCUUCGGCACAAUGCAGUUCUCAGGGACACGCUAAAUCAGCGGUUCUCUGUGGCGUUUUCCAUCAUUGGAAUGUUCUCGUCUCACGCCGUCAGCACUCUAAGUAUCUUCUACUGCACAGAGAUCACGCCUACUGUCAUCAGGGGUGGAGGUGUAGGUUUGGUCCUGGCUAGCGCAGGGUUCGGCAUGCUAACUGCUCCACUUAUGGAACUUCACAACCAGAAAGGCUUCUUCCUUCACCAUGUCAUCCUCACAUGCUGCACUCUCCUCUGCAUCAUUUGCAUUCCAUUGCUGCCUGAGACCACUGGCCAACCGCUGCCUGAAACUCUGGCUGAAGGGGAGGGGCUUUUGCGCAGGCCCCUCCUCCCUGGAGAGCAGCACCACCUUCUGGCCAGGCAAGAGGUCAGGGAGUACUCUCGUGUUCAGGACACGCCUCUUCAUCAGGUUGUCAAUCCCAGCAACACCACAGCACCUAGUAACAGCACAGCGAACGGAGUGAGGACUUGACUGUGUGCAUGCGCUGCGUGAAUCGAAGCCAGCCCAGGCCAUAUGAAGAACAGCGGCAACGAUCUGAUUGGCCCGCAAGCACAAAGAUGCAUCAUGAGGUUACAAGCACUAAGAUUUCCUAGAGCAUUUUAACCGGUGAAUGAUGUCAAACUACUGACUACUCGUAAUGUGUGUCAAACCUCUUAAUCCAGGAGGGAUGGAUGUGGUAGAGUGUUGUGAAAAUGAAUGUUGUCGUAACUUCACUCAAGCAAUGAAUGGAAGUCUAUUUUUCAAAUGACCACUAAGUUCAGGCUGAUGUUGGCAAACUGUCAAAUUGCCUCACAGUUUUUAGCUUUUCUAUAGUUUUGUACUGUCCAGAAACAAUCAUGUUAAUCACUCUUAAGUUGUUAUGCAUGUGUGUAGUCUCAUGCAUGCGUGUGUGUAUGUGGAAAAAGAAGGAAGGCAGAACAGAGGAAGCGAGACCUGAUUAUGGAUUAUGAUGUUUGGGGGGAAAAAAAAGCAGGCUGAAUCCGUAGCUUAGUUGGCUGAAAACAUCAUAGUGUUAAGAUCGUGUUUAAUUUCACAGAGAUGGUUUAAAGUGCGUUCAACAACGAUCUUAGUAUCUAGGUGUUUCAGGGGAAACUGGCGCAGGUCUGUAGAACAUGCAGAUGUGUCUGUGUGUGUGUGUGUGAAUAUUCUGUAGUUUUACACUAGAACAGUUGCUGUUUCCAUUUGGAAAUUAAAGAGGCAGGGCAGAGCACAGAUAAACGAAGGGCUGCUGACUUGGCUGCUCAGUAUUUCCUGUAAAUGUUUCAGGCAGUAUGUUAUCUGUGGCUCAACUUUUUUUUUUUUUUUUCCUGAACUACUGAAUAUGAGAUUCUAAAAUGUUUUCCCUGUUACUGAGAUAGUUUGUUGAUGGCACAAAAUAUGCAAAAAAAAAAAAAAAAAGAAAUCUCAUUUUUCUGACUGUUUUGUGCUCAAUAUGGACUGUAAGUUUUUCCAGAAUGGAUGUACUGUAUAACUGGCCUUAAAUUGUGACUGAUAAUCUGAGAAAAAGCUCUAAAUUUGAUCGAUAUCUGAGAUAUUUUAACAGAGAAAAGCACCGACUGGACGCAAUUUCAACAACUAAUUGUGUGCUCAGUGUGACAAAUCCUAAUUAUGUAAAGAAAUUUCUGGGUUCAGGACGUAACUCGAUCCUUAAUUUUUAAUUCGCUGGCCUGAAAAAAAAAAGUUCACUGGUAUUUAAAUGGUCAUUUGACUCAAUGACUGAAAUGUACUUAUUUUAUACCACUUGUUCAAUAGUGUUUCUCAUCAGUAAUAUGCAGGUAUAUGCAGUGCAAUUCAUGGAAAUGUAUCCUUUCCACUGUUCAUUUUUAUAAGACAUGCCAUUUGUGAAUAAAUACAUUUGAAUAACAA